AGAUUGAUCAAGAAAGUACCGGAUGUCUCCCCCUGCAUCCUAUAACUACCCAAUUCACCAAUCCCGCGGGAUACCAUAGACGCCGAAAAGCAAUUGAUAGCUACUUUAGCAAGAGCGAAAAUCUUCCUAUCUAAAACUAAACCCGUCACAUCGAAAAUGGCAAUGAUUCCAAGCUUCUACGGUAACUCAACAAGAGGUGUUUCCGAUCCCCUCUCUUCUUUUUCCCUGUGGGAUCCAUUCAAGGACUUUCCUUUUCCUCUUUCUUCUAGUGAAAAUUCUGCCUUUGUUAACACUCGCAUAGAUUGGAAAGAGACUCCAGAAGCUCAUAUCUUCAAGGCUGAUCUUCCUGGGCUAAAAAAGGAGCAAGUGAAAGUGGAAAUUGAAGAUGACAGAGUGCUGCAAAUCAGCGGAGAGAGGAGUGUGGAGAAGGAAGACAAGAACGAUACAUGGCACCGUGUGGAGCGUAGCAGCGGCAAGUUUUUGAGGAGGUUCAGGCUGCCGGAUAAUGUGAAGAUGGAGCAGGUUAAGGCUUCUAUGGAUAAUGGGGUUCUUACUGUCACUGUUCCUAAGGAAGAAGUCAAGAAAGCUGACGCUAAGGCUAUUGAAAUUUCUGGUUGAUAUGCUAUUUUCUUCAAAAGGAUGUAUAUUCAAAGAUCGGUAAUUGUUCUGUAAUUUAUAGGGCAUGCUUAUUGGUAUCUUGUGAGCAAAGUGUUUGAUGUAAAGCAUUUUUGGUUAUAUAAUAAUAAGAAGAAGAACAACUAGCAGGUCUUGCCUGCACUUGAUCAAAACACUUUUACAUUGAUGUUUUUUUUUUUAUUUUCUUAAUUUUCAUUCCUGAAAGCUGAAACUAAGACUUCACCUGUGUAAUAUUGUUGAAAUGAAAAAAAGAACGGACACUUAUACAA